AAAUAAUUUGAGCAGCCAUGAGUUAUGUAGUGAUCUGAUAAAGUAAAGAUUUAUGUAAUGUAAUGGUGGACGCAGCUGUCAUAAAAAAGACACAAGACUCGCUUGGAAAAGUUAUUAAAAAGCCCCCUCUUACAGAAAAGUUAUUAUCAAAACCCCCCUUCAGAUACCUUCAUGAUAUUAUUUCAGAGGUAACGAAAAGUACCGGUUUUCUUGAAGGACUAUUUGAGGACAAUGAAAAAGUUGCCGCCAAUGUCAAAGAUAAAGAGUCCAAGAUACAGUACUUACAAAAAGCAAUAGAUGCCGUAGGUUUGGUGUUAGGAUCUCAACUCGGAGUUCGUCCGUCUAAAAUAAUUGCUGGACAAGAACCGGAGAAAACCAACGAAUUUCUGCAAUACUUGGGCAGAUGUGCAGCUAAAGGGGCUGAUAACGAGGUUGUGAAACGCGUGAAAAAAGGAGAAAAACCGGGGAAGAAAUCAAAAUCAGGAGAAGACGGCAAUAGGAGCAAGGAAAGGAGGUCUUCUAAAGAAGGAGGUGAAAGAAAGUCCAAAGCGGGUAAAGAACGUGAUACCUCAAAAUCGAAAGAGCGUGUUGGUUCUAAAGAGAGAUCGAAGGAACGUGUGAGUGGAUCUUCAAAAGAACGUGGUUCCAAAGAACGUCCAGAGAGAGGAAGAAGAGAACGAUCGAAAGAUGAUAAAAAGGGGAAAGCUAAAUCUUCUGAACAGGUGGCAGAGAAAAAGGAUUCCUCAGAGGAGAGAAGAAAAGAAAAAGGACGGCGAGAAGAAGAGCGCGCUAAAGAAAAAGAAGAAAGGAGACGGAGAAAGGAAGCUGAGGAGGAGGAGAAGAGACGGCAGCAAGAAGCUGCUGCAGCUGCUGCAGCUUCACAAGCUGAACCUGAUGGAGAAGAACCAUCUACUGCAGCGCCACAACACCAGGAAGCUCCUGAAGGAGACGAAGAGGCGCCGCUUACAAAUGGUUUCCACGAAGACGAUGCUCCUGUACGCAUUCCACGACCCUCUUCUGCAAAAGGUGCUCGCAGACGACCUGAACCACCCUCCGCAGACCCAGGGGGAGAUGUGAAGCGGUCGUACGCUGAGGCAGUGACAGGUGCAACUACAGGGGAGCCCGCUAUUCCAAUCGUGGCAGGUAAGCGGAGAGAAAGGCCCACCAGUGCCCGCCCAGCCCCACCCAGGAUCAAGAAACGAGACGAUGACUCGACUGAGGACAUAGCUGUCAGGGAGGGAUCAGGGAGGCCCCCAGCUGGAAUUAUAGUGGACACCAAAGCAAGCAACGAAGAAGACGAUGACGAGAUGUUCGUUAACGAGGAGCCCGAGGAGACGGCCGCCAUCAAACAACCCAUCAUCAUGGGGGGUAGUGGUGGUUCUGGAGGUCAACACGGCGGUCUUGUUCAGAAGAUUAUAGACUCUCAGAAACAGUAUUCUGCAACUGACAAACAGGAAGAGAAAGCGCCCAUUAUGAAUCAAGCUGCCAGGCAAAAAGAGCGGGCUAUGACAAAGAAAGAGAUUGAUCAGCUGAGAAUUGGAAUCCAGACUCUAGCCAGUAGCGCAGCUCCCCUCGGUAAAGUACUGGAUUAUCUGCAAGAAGAUCUGGACAGUAUGCAGAAAGAACUCGAAAAUUGGCGGUCUGAGAACAAGUACCAUGAAACGGCUAUCAAAGCUGAAGAGAGUCACAUGGAGAAAACGUUGGAGCCUCUCAAAGAUCAGCUAGAGGAUACUGAACAGCAGAUAAUCGACAUGAUCAACAAGAUCAACACGAUGAAGUGCAACAUUCACAACAACGACCAAAAGAUAGGCCAGAUGUUAUCGACGAUGAGCUUCAGUGCUUCAUGAUACUAUCUAACCUUCAACAGUAAGAUUGUCUUGCUUCUAGCUCAGUCAGAUGAACCAGAUUGCAACUACCCGGGUCUAAGUCCGGGGUCAGUGUAAUUGUACUGCCGGCAGUACAGACAGCAGUUUACUCGUGUAUUUGUGUCAUUGUUUAUAUCAAAUUGGACCGAGCUACCCUAAGAUUUAGCAGAUUUGUUGUUUUGUUGCUUUUAUGUCGGCCAGAAUCUGAUAACUAAAUACUUCAGAGUUAAUUUCCCUUACUAUUAUGGUUUUGAGAAAACUUUUGCUCGACUGACUGGAGAACACCAAGCUGCAACCAGUUUAGAUUGUUUGGUAUUGUUUUAAACAUGUCCCUUUGGAAUGUACUUUUUUGUGAUUUAUAUAAAAGAGGGUAAUAAAUUGUACAAAUUUUACAUUCCUUAAAAUAGAUAAAAUUUCAUACAAA